AUGCACCUUGAUAUAAUUCUCAAGAAGGAUAGACAAGAAGGAGCUGAGCAGGGAAAAAUAGAGAAGGUGGUUAAGGAAUACCUCAAGGCAUUUGAGGCCAAGAUCGCCAAAAUCCCUGGAGUGCCAAAGCCCAUGGAAGAAGAGGCAGCGGAUGGAUAUAUAGAGUCUCCUUUCUCAGAAGAGAUCGCCAUGGUAGAAGUGCCAAAGAGGUUUAGCACGCCCAACAUGGCUAUGUACGACGGAACAACGGACCCUGAUGAGCACGUGUCCCUCUACAUGCAGAAGAUGAUGACAAGCUCAAUCCCUAGAGAUAUCAAAAAGGCUAUCAUGUGCAAAGGCUUUGGAGCCACAUUGUCAGGUCCCGCCCUAACUUGGUUCAUUAAUUUAGAUAAUGGGACAAUUCGAUCUUUUGUAGGAAUGGUGAAUCUAUUCAAGAUUCAAUUUGCUAGUAGCAGAAAAAUUGAAAAGCAAUCCUCAGAUCUGUACCGUGUUGUGCAAAGACACGGAGAAUCCUUGAGAGACUAUCUUAACAGGUUCAACAGGGAGAAGAUUGGGAUACACAAAUGCGAUGCUCCUACAACAAUUGAAGCAUUCAGAAGAGGGUUGCUGGACCAUAGUGAGCUCUACAAAGAGUUGACCAAAUAUCCCUACACGACCUUCGAGGAUGUACAAGCCAAAGUUAUGGCUCAGGUUAGGUUUGAAGAAGAUGUCUAUGCAAGAAAGACCCCGAAGCCAGAUCGCGAGCCAAGAAGGAACAAAAAUUUUCCCAGGAGAGACCAUCGAUUCAAACCGUAUCAGCGCUCCCGCUUUGAUGAAGGAUCAAUCAAUGUUGUUGAAGAAGAAUUCUCAGACAGGAGGGAAGAUCCUGAACUUCCAACUAAAUUGCAUGAGUAUUGUUUCAAUUGGCCUAGAAAGAGUGACAGGCCUGGAGAAAAGAAAGACCCAUCAAGAUGGUGCGAUUUCCAUUCAGAUAUUGGCCAUACAACCGAUGAAUGUGUCGCGCUCAGAAAGGAGGUUGCUUACCUGCUGAAGAAAGGAUAUCUCAAAGAACUUCUGUCAGAUAGAUCCAAAGCUCCGGGAAGGGAAAAAGAAUCAAAGCAAGGAGGCCCCCCACCUCCUCCUCCAAUUGUCAAAACCAUCUGUUUCAUAUCAGGAGGGUCAGAAGUAUGCGGCUUAACAUAUUCAGCAGCGAAGCGGCAUGCGAAGGAAAGCAAUAAAGAUCAGCCCGACAGAAGGGAAAAAUCAAAAGCGGACAUUCCCAUCAUGUUUGAAGAGAGCGACGCAAUAGAAGGCCAUCAUGACGGUCUAGUGAUUUCACUCCCAGUUGGAAAUUGUAUGAUCAAGCGAAUCCUUGUUGAUAAUGGAAGCUCUGCAAACAUCAUCAUGCUUGAUACCCUGAAACAUAUGAACAUCGACGAGAAGAACAUCAUCAAUAAGUCAACAAUGCUAGUAGGAUUCAGCGGGGAAACCAAGAAAACAAGUGGAGAAAUAACAUUAGCUACCUAUGCGAAAGGAGUCAACUUACAAGUCAAGUUCCUGGUGAUUGACACUUUGUCAUCAUACAUUAUAAUCCUAGGCAGACCAUGGAUACAUGAGAUGAAGGCCAUCCCCUCCACGUACCAUCAAAUCAUCAAAUUCCCUACCAGGUGGGGUAUCCAAGAAAUCAGAGGAGAUCCUAAGGAAGCCAAGGAAUGUUACAAGAUCGCACUAAAAGCAACAUCUGCAGAAAAGAGUUCAGCAUAG